CUGACUUGACACAGAGUAGAUGGCGUAGUGAGCGCUUUGCUCGUUUCCGCUGCGCUGACCAUUCCUUCCUUUUGUGACAUUUUACGAAACGUCCAGCGCGUUUCAUUGUGAAAAUCACUAAAAUAAAUCACAUUAGGGCAUGGUCGGUAAAGUUUUUCGCACGAAAAACCGUGAUAUAAAAUCUGUAAUCGUGGUUAAGUUUUUUUGUGCCAAGUGCAACUAAACUAUCAAGAUUCCGCCGAUAAUUCAAAGCCUACCCAGUGGGUGGCUUAUCUUGGUCUGAGCUAUUACUGCAAUGGACAAGAAAAGGGACUCAUUUUUCUUGCCUAACAAGAAUGGGAAGCAAAAAAAAGAUGACAGACAAUAUCAGAAGAUAAAAAGGCAGGAUGAAUUUCAAAAGAAUAGAGAAAUAGACGAGGCCAUCACUAAGAAAGAAAAAUCUAGAGAGGAAAAGAAACCGUUUGAUAAGAAAACUUAUCGAUUAAAGAAAUACAGCAAGAAAUACAAGCUUGAGCAAUGGGAAGAGCAACGCAAGAAAAAGUUAUUACGUAAUUAUUACAAAGAUAUUAAAAAUGAAACGCCAGGUUCUUACAAACCCAAGUCAUUCGAUGAAGACACAGUUGACUCUGGCCAGGAAGUAGGUAGAUUUGUGAGACACCCAGAUUUGUUAGACAAAGAAAAUAAGUUAGAGAAAAGAAAAGAUCCAUUUGAAAGGGCUAAAGAGCAAUACAGCAAAAUCCAACAAGAGAAACUGGAAAAGAAACAGGAGAAAGAGAAGGCAAAUGAGGAAAGAAAGCAGAAGUUGCAGGAGUAUAAGAAGAAGAAGCAAGACAGGUUUAAGAAAUUGAGUAAGAAGACUAAAAAAGGUCAGCCGGUUAUGACUGGCCGGUUGGAGUUGCUUUUAGAAAAGAUUCAGAAAGGAUAAUGGUUUUGGCAACAAAAGAUAGGCUCAAAGUUGUUUAAAAUCAUAUGUUUUUGCAUUUAUGUAAUGAAAUAGAAGCAGUAAUGAAGUUUUUGGGGUGUGGUUUAUACCCAGCAGUCAGUAGUAACUAUAAUGCUAUUUUUAGUAUGUUUUUUUCUCAUUCGACCAACAUAUUUGAUAAAAAAAGAUAAAAUCAAAUAUUUAUUUUUAUAUUUUAUAUGUGAUUUUAAUUUAAAGUGCCUGUUUUCAAUUUACAUUUGUGAGCACACUAUUAAGAUCUAAGUACGAUUAUAUGAUCAACAAUUCUUUUUAUCAAAGGAAGAAUAGGAAAAGUUAAUUUGCUACUUUACUUUUAUAUUUUUCAUAAUUUUACAUAUUGGCUUCCUUAUUCAGACUAAAUGAGUAUAAUAAGCCAACCAUACAACACAUGCUCAUUGCACUCGGCGAUUACCAUUACCAACACAAUUCAAUGUUUUUUUUUUUCAUUAUCGUUUCCUAUGUGAGUUAGUUGUGUAUUAGUUAACAAUUAAGAUUUUCUCUCCAUUUUGUUUCUUUAGUUUGAAAUGUUUGUUUUAUUGUAAGUUUUCUGAUUGAAGAAUAAACUUGGAUAUUAUUUUGUGA